GUUUCUGCGGACUGAUUAAGCUUCUUCUGAGGGGGGUGGGGGGUUAAACAAAUUAAAAAAAAAAAAGAGAAAGAAAAGGAAAGUUGCAAAUGUUUCUGGCUCCGACUGCGGCGGUUCCUGCAGGACUGUAGCUCGACUUGUCUUCUCAACCCAGCUACAGAGUGGUGGAGUCAAGAGGUGCCAACAUGCCGCAGCAGAAGGACAUAGUGAAGAUAGCCAUCCAGAUGCCUGGGGCCUACCCCCAGCUCAUACAACUGGAUCAGAAAAAGCCUCUGUCUGCUGUAAUAAAGGAGGUGUGUGACGGCUGGAAUCUCCCAGGUCCUGAGAACUACGCUCUGCAGUACGCUGAUGGAGUGCAGACGUACAUCACUGAAUCGAAUCGUCUGGACAUUAAGAACGGCUGCAUUCUGCGUCUGACCAAGGCACCGGGCCGCUGUGCAGAGGACUUGUACAAGGGCAUCCAGAGCUCGGACGCUGGCGUGCGCUGCGAUUCGCUCAAGGAGCUGGCGAGCGUUUCCACGGACGUGACCUUCGCUCAGGAGUUCAUCAGCCGAGACGGACACCUCCUUUUGGUCAAGAUCGUAGAGGACUCUAAUGAGAGUAAUGUGAUCAUGACCCAUACGCUGACAGGCUUCAUGGAGCUGAUGGAUCAUGGGAUAGUUUCUUGGGAGAACCUCUCGUCUGUCUUCAUCAAGAAGAUCGCCAGCUUCGUCAACGCCAAGCCGACCGAUGCGUCGAUACAGCAGGUGUCCUUGGACAUCCUGGAGAACAUGGUGCUGAGCAGCCACAGCCUCUUUCUGCAGGUCAAACAGGAAGUCACAAUGGAGAGGCUCAUAGCUCACCUCCAGGUGACAAACCAGCAGAUACAGACCAAAGCCAUGGCCCUGCUCAUGGCACUACUACAAACAGCCGGGGACUUGGACAGACAGGAUAUGUUUGCGUUCCUGAAUAAGAAGAAUCUCCGUCAGUACAUUUAUAAAAACAUCAUCCAUAGUUCUGGCUCAGUCCAGGACGAGAUGGCCCACUACCUCUAUGUCCUGCAGUCAGUUACCUUGAAUCACCUGGAGCCUCGCAUGAGGUCGCCUCUGGACUGUUACAACCAGGAGCAGAGAGACAUCCUUCAUGGUUUGCGUCAGGCAGCGUUCGAGACAGAAAGCGAGAACAGUCUGAGUCACGAGAGACGGCGCUCGCUCUGCGCCAAAGAAUUCAAGAAGUUAGGAUUCUCUAACAAUAGUAACCCUGGUCAGGACUUGGUGCGAACGCCUCCUGGUCUUCUAGCUUUGGACACCAUGUACUAUUUUGCCACGUGCUAUCCUGACGCCUACAGCCGGUUUGUCCUGGAGAACAGCAGCAGGGAAGACAAACAUGAGUGUCCAUUUGCCAGGAGCAGCAUCCAGCUCACACUCAUCCUGUGUGAAAUCCUGCGAAUCGGAGAGCCUCCCUCAGAGACGAGAUCCGACUACCACCCCAUCUUCUUCAGUCAGGACCGGCUUUUGGAGGAGCUUUUCUGUGUCUGCAUUCAGCUGCUCAACAAGACCUGGAAGGAGAUGAGAGCCACACAGGAGGACUUUGACAAGGUGAUGCAGGUGGUGAGGGAGCAGAUCACCAGGACGCUGUCCAGUAAGCCGACCUCCCUGGAGCUCUUCAAGAACAAAGUUAACGCUCUGAACUACAGCGAGAUCCUCAAACUGCGGCAGACCGAGCGGCUGCACCAAGAAGAGACUCUCGCUCCGCCCGUGCUCGAGCUCAAAGAGCGCCUGAAGCCAGAGCUGCUGGAGUUGAUCCGCCAGCAGAGACUCAACAGGCUGUGUCAAGGAACGAUGUUCAGGAAGAUCAGCAGCCGACGCAGACAGGAUAAACUGUGGUACUGCCGUUUGUCACCCAAUCACAAAAUGCUUCACUACGGCGACGUGGAGGAAGACAUGGACAAUCCACCAAUCGAAACGCUGCAGGAGAAGAUUCCAGUGGCAGAUAUUAAAGGCUUGCUGACGGGAAAAGACUGCCCUCACAUGAAGGAGAACAAAGGCAAACAGAACAAGGAGGUGCUGGACCUGGCAUUCAGCAUCACGUAUGACGUAGAAGAGUACAGCUUGAACUUCAUCGCCCCCUCUAGAACUGAUUUCUGCCUGUGGACAGAUGGACUCAGCGUCCUCCUGGGCCGGGACAUGAGUAGCGAAUCCAUGCGCAGCGAGCUGGAGAUCCUCCUCUCUAUGGAGAUUAAGCUCCGCCUCCUGGACCUCGAGAACGUUCCCAUCCCAGAAAGUGCGCCGGUCGUCCCCAAACCACCGAGUAACUACAACUUCUGCUACGACUUCAGCCAGACGGAGCAGUAGAGUGUGUGUGUGUGAGUGAAUGUGUAAAUAUAUGUAUGUGUGUGUGUGUGUGUGUGUGUGGUGAGAGCUGACCUGUGCAUCCAUGCACUUAUUCCUAUAACACAGAUUUAUUAUAACCUCAAUGUUUAGAGUUUUCUUAUGUGGUCUUCUACAUCCAAGUGAAACAAUGAACAGGAGAACAGCCCUGCAGAAAGUGACGUCGUCUUUAAACUACAGUAGUGAUGGUGAACUGCUACCGGCCGCGCUAAUGCUCCACAUUAUCACUGCUCAACUUUCAGCCCCGACUCUCCAUUCACGAUUCCUCCUCAGCUGUCUGGAAGCUUCGACGCAGCUUCGGAAACUCUUGAGAUUGAGAUUCUCCUUAUACAACACAGCCACUCAAGUUAAUGGUACUUUAAUUUUGUUUUGUAAUCAUUUUAUAUAUUUCUAAAUAUAUCUAAAACUAUGUAAGACACGAGGAAUAUUCCUGUAUUGCUGGUUGAGAUGCUUUUACGUUUGUCUCAAAAUGCUGGCCGGUUGCUUUUUUUCUUCUUCUUUUAAAUGGGCAUUAAGUAAAACAGAGAGCUUUCUCUCGAUGUGGUACACAAUGUGUUUUUCAGUGUUGGACAAUAUUUUGCAUUCACAUACCUACAGGUACUCUUUGUACGGAUCCUAACGGCUCAGUAAGAUUACUGUGGAGCAGAGAUGCAGAUGUGCAUCAGGUACCAAGCUGACUUCAUUAUAUGCGGUUGUAUCUUUUCCAUAAUCAAGUUUGAUAAUAAGAACAACUUGUAACAAGUUUUAUAUCCAACCGGCAAUCAUCCCAGUGGAUCUGUACGAUACAGUAUGCAAUCAGUGAUCUUUUUCUUGUAUCAAAUUAAUUCUUAAACUGAUCAAUUUUGUACAAGGUACUUUAUAAUACUAUGAUGGAGGCGUCAGUCACAGUGUGCUAUACUCGAAGCAGCUACUGGAAACUGACACAGGUCUACAUGUAUAUUGUGGCUGUGCCUUUUUUUGUUUUUUUUGGAUCAUUAUUUCAGUCCUCUGCAGUGCAUCCCUGACACACAACCCUCUGUGAUAACAUUCACUUUGAAUCAUGUGCUUUGGGUGACUUCACAUGAAUAAACAGUUAAAAAACAAACAAAA